CCUCGGACUCUUGCAGCUGGAGGAGCACAUGGCGCGCGUGCGGGAGGAGCUGGACCGCGAGCGGGAGGAGCGCAACUACUUCCAGCUGGAGCGGGACAAGAUCCACACCUUCUGGGAGAUCACGCGGCGGCAGCUGGACGAGAAGAAGGCGGAGCUGCGCAACAAGGACCGGGAGAUGGAGGAGGCCGAGGAGCGCCACCAGGUGGAGAUCAAGGUGUACAAGCAGAAGGUGAAGCACCUGCUCUACGAGCAUCAGAACAGCCUCACCGAACUGAAGGCGGAGGGCACCGUGGCCAUGAAGCUGGCGCAGAAGGAGCACCGCUCUCAGGAAAUGGACCUGCGCAAAGACAUGCGCACCCUGAAGGUGGAGCUGAAGGAGCAGGAGCUGGCCAACGAAAUGGUGGUGAAGAACCUUCGACUGAAGCAGCAAGAGGACCUGACACACCUACGCAAUGACUUUGAGAGACAAGUGAAAGAGAUUGAGGCCAAGUACGAGAAGAAGAUGCGAGUGCUGCGUGACGAACUCGACUUGCGCAGGAAGACGGAAAUCCACGAGAUCGAAGAGAGGAAGAACGGUCAGAUCAACACGCUGAUGAAGAAUCACGAGAAGGCCUUCAGUGACAUUAAGAACUACUACAACGAUGUCACGCUCAACAACUUGGCGCUGAUCAACACUCUCAAGGAGCAGAUGGAGGAAAUGAAGAAGAAAGAAGAUCACCUGGAGAAGGAAAUGGGUGAAGUGCUGCUGCAGAAUAAAAGGUUGACGGAGCCGCUGCAACGAUCCCGGGAUGAAGUCUCUGAGCUGCAGAGGAAGCUGACUCACUAUGAGAAGGACAAGGCCAUGUUGGCAAGCAUUCGGGCCCGACUGAAAGUCACUGAGAAAGAACUGAAGGAUCUUCAGUGGGAGCACGAAGUGCUGCAGCAAAGAUUCAUCAAGGUGCAGGACGAGCGCAAUGACCUGUACCAGAAGUUCACCAAAGCCAUUAACGAAGUACAGCAGAAAACUGGCUUCAGGAACCUGCUGCUGGAGCGGAAGCUGAUAGGCCUCGCCGGCCUUCUGGAGAAGAAGGAAGUGCAGCUGAACGAGGUGUUGGCUGCCUCCAACCUCGAUCCUGGCGCGCUCUCUGUGGUCACCCACAAGCUGGAGGAUGUGCUGGAUUCCAAAAACAGUGCCAUCAAAGAUCUGCAGUACGAGUUGGCCAGGGUGUGCAAGGCACACAAUGAUUUGUUGCGGACAUAUGAGGCAAAACUCACUGCCUUUGGGAUUCCCUUGGACAAUUUGGGCUUCAAACCUCUGGAGACCUCCAUGCUUGGACACACGCUUGGCCAGGGCCCUGCAGGAUUUGUCUCAACCCCCACGUAGCACAGCCUGUCGAAACCCGCUUCAGAAGAUGAUUUGCUUGAGCCCCGCAGCCAAGCCAAGCCAAGCCUCCUGCAGCUUUUUUGGGUCAGUGGAGGACGCAGCCUGCUACGAAGAGACUGGGCCAGCCUGCAUUCCUUUUGUAUUAAAGAGGUCUUAAGGGGGCUUUUUGUAAGUGUCAAACCCAUGG